ACACAUAUAACAAAGUAGCAAAAAUCUGACUAUAAAUAGAUCACCACACUUGUGGAUUUGUAUCAUCAAAGUAAGUUAUAUUGAAAAGAAAACAGUAAAGCAGAAAGAAAAGAGAUGGCAAAGAACUUCAACUCUGUGAGCUUCACUAUUCUCGUGCUUGUCCUCAUGAUGGCUUCUACCGGAAUCCUCAAGACCAAGGCUCUGCCUGGGGUGGAGUGCCCAGUUGGAAGUGGAUGCCUUCUCCCUUCUACACGUGUGUUCUCACAAGAGUGCGGGCCGGCGCCAUUCACAGGUACAGAUUUGGAUUGUUGUAAAUGUUGCACUGAUACAUACGGCUCUCCUCCAGUCUGUUUUGCGGUUGUUGAGGGAACCGAUCUGCACUGCCAUUGCUACCAAAAGAAGCCUUGAAAAUGCAUCCUAUAAUUUACCAAGUGUUAUCCAUUCAAUGUGAGGACAUGCAUGGCGUGUGUAUGUUUAU